GCCGCCCUCGUCCUGCUCCUUUUUACGCAUGCGCGACUUCGAGGCGGCUCAAGAAGUUGGUAUCCUUUGUCAUGUCGGCGGAGGGAGGACCGAGCCGGGCUCCCGAGUGAGGACACCUGACCUGAGCGAGACCCCUCGGCGGAGCCCGCCGAGGACGGGCAGCAAGGAGGACCACGAGGUCUCGGGGACUUCUCACUGUUCUGCGCAGAGCUGUCUGAACUGGGCUGAAGACGAGGCGGCGGUGGCCAUGGAGACCGAUUUGGCCGAAAUGCCUGAGAAGACAGCUCUGCCAUCACAGGAUCCUGCCCUUCCCCGAGAGAGGAGCACAGAAGAGAGGGAAGUGGGAUCUCUGCGCCUAACAGCCAGAUCCCAGGAGUCAGUGACAUUCAAGGAUGUGGCCAUGGACUUCACACCAGAGGAGUGGGGGAAGCUGGACCCUGCACAGCGGGACGUGAUGCUGGAGAACUAUAGGAACCUGGUGUCACUUUGGCUUCCAGUUUCCAAAGCUGAAAGCUACAAUUUGGAGAAUGGAAAAGAACCAUGGAUGCUUGAGAAAAAAAAACCCAAAAGCAGCUAUUCAGACUGGGAGACUAGACCUGAGAGCAAGGAAUCAACUUCAGUGCAAGAUUUUUCCAAGGAAGAAUCAUGCCAGGUUGCAAUAAUUGACAGAUUGACAAAGAAUAGUGUUUAUGAUUCCAACUUGGAAACAACUCUUGAAUGUGAAAAUUGGUUAGGGAAUCAGCAAGGAAAUCAAGAGAGACAUUUAAGAGAAAUGUUUACCCAUAUGAAUCCACUCUCUGGGCAAAAAACUCAUGAACAUGAUAUAUAUUGGAAAACUUUCAGUCAGAAGUCUGUCCUUAUCACUCAAGACAGAGUUCCCAAAGGAUCCUGUGCCUUUCAUACACUUGAAAAAAGAUUGAAACAGAAAUCAAACUUAAUGAAAAAGCAGAGAACUUAUAAAGAGAAAAAACCUCAUAAAUGUAAUGAUUGUGGUGAACUCUUUACUUACCAUUCUGUACUUAUUCGACACCAGAGAGUCCAUACUGGAGAGAAACCAUAUACCUGCAAUGAAUGUGGGAAAUCUUUUAGCCACAGAGCUAAUUUAACCAAGCAUCAGAGAACUCAUACUAGAAUUCUGUUUGAGUGCAGUGAAUGUAAGAAAACCUUCACAGAAAGCUCAUCCCUUGCAGUACAUCAGAGGAUUCACAUUGGAGAGAGACCGUAUGAGUGCAGUGAAUGUGGGAAAGGCUUUAAUCGAAGUACACAUCUCGUUCAGCAUCAGUUGAUUCAUACUGGAGUGAAGCCUUAUGAAUGCAAUGAAUGUGAUAAAGCUUUUAUUCAUUCAUCAGCCCUCAUUAAACAUCAAAGAACUCAUACUGGAGAGAAGCCCUAUAAAUGUCAAGAAUGUGGGAAAGCCUUUAGCCAUUGUUCUUCCCUUACUAAACAUCAGAGAGUUCAUACUGGAGAAAAGCCAUAUGAAUGUGGUGAGUGUGGAAAAACGUUUAGUCAGAGCACACAUCUUGUUCAGCAUCAGAGAAUUCAUACUGGAGAGAAACCCUAUGAGUGUAAUGAAUGUGGGAAAACCUUCAGCCGGAGUUCAAAUUUUGCUAAACAUCAGAGAAUUCAUCUUGGAAAAAAGCCCUACAAAUGCAGUGAAUGUGGAAAAGCCUUCAUUCAUUCAUCAGCUCUUAUUCAGCAUCAGAGAACUCAUACUGGAGAGAAACCGUAUAGAUGUAAUGAAUGUGGGAAAAGCUUUAAGUGCAGUUCCUCCCUCCUCAGACAUCAAAGAAUUCACACUGAAGGGCAACCCUGAUAAGAUACUGAGUGAGAAGAAGAAAUGUAAGUCAGUCUUAUCACUUGUUAAAUACUUGGUUGUUUAAGUGGAGGACACAUAAAAUGCUGCUUGAAGACCAUCUCAUCUCACUUGCAUAAUACGUAAUUUCGAGCCAUAGACAGAAUGUCCCUUAUAUUCACUGGUUUGAGAAUUUUGAAAGCUUCUAGCCAGAGAUCUCAAAUUUUAAUCAUCUCCCCUGCCAAAUACCCGCUUGAGGAAAUUCAAGACAUCCCUGAGGGUAGGUAACAAUAUAAUCACUGGGAAAUCAAAUUUCCCUUGCUCUUGUUCAUAUCAAAGCCCCAGUGAAGCUUAUAACUUUAUAAGGAAAUUGUUAUUUUUUCAGUUAGGCCAAAGGCUCAUAUCCUUAUCAUCAAAAAUAGAGAUCCAAAUAUACAGACAGUGGAAUUUCUCUAGAAAGUGUCAUUUCUUUUAUGUUAGCCAUAAAAACUUAAAGACUAAAAGUUGGAAGCUGCUUAGGGCCCCUCCCCAAGCUGCAAUCUAAUUUGAUGAACGUAACUAGAAUUUAUUUACAAAGCAGUUUGUAAGUUAUGUUCACAUGGGUUAUGUUGGUUACAGAUUUAAAUAAUAGUUAUUCUUCCAUUUCCCUGGAGGUUACCCUGAAAUAGAGAAUGGGUCAAAAUUUUAACAGUGGUUGUUGAUCAAGUUGCUCUUUUCUUAUCCUCAGUAUUGAGUGAGUCCUUUGUUUUCUAAAAUCACAUUAUCAGGGAGACCAUUUCUCUGCAUUAUUCAGCUUUCUGUAAACUCUUAUAUAUCACCUUGAAAAGAGGCCCCAGGGACACUGAAUGUCUGAAAAGUUGAUGGAUUCAAUGUGUUACUGUAUUUAGGAUGCUGAUCAAAUAGAAGAACUGAAGCACCCGUGAGACACCAGCACAUGCCUUUCUGUCAGAGUAUGGAGAACAGCUCCCAGGACAGACGUACUUGACAAUAAGCAGCUUCCCUCCAUGAAGAACAAGUUGCCAUUUCCUGGCUCUCAUGUUCACCCACCUUUCUGUGGUCACUCUUGUUCUCUCUCUGUGCUGGCUGGUGUUUGCUAUGUCCCAGAGCCCUAAAGUAGCUCGAAAAAGUGAAACCACAAGAUACAUUGGACGUAAGCUACAGGGGUGACCAAAGACCAGUCGUGGGAUUGGUGACACAAAAGCAAAACUUCAAAUAAAUAUUUAGUAAAACAUUAUGCAAAUAACAGUUUUUAUUGUUAUUCUAGUGCAUAUUACAUGUUGUAUGGAAAGAAAACUAUAGAGAAUUAUAGAAAAAGUGAUAGUUUCCUUCUUUCCUAUGUUCCUUCUUUCUGCUAUCCUGAAGUCCUGCCCUCCAUGACUGUCCACCACCCAGUCCCUACUUCUGCCCCUCUACCUUAUCCCAAUGACUCUUCUAAUUUCCUCUCAACAGACCUUCAUUGUGUUAUUGAGGAAAACUAGGGGCUAGAAUUUAAACAAGUGGUGGUAGCAGCAAGCAAGCUCAUUAAGGAUGGAUAGAGCAUAUAUCCAGCAAUUGUGGAAAUCAUAGAAAACCAGACUCAGCUGGGAAGAGAUUUGGGAAUGAAAAACACAUUGAAGGGGGUUGAGAUGGGUAGAAAGGCUCAGAGUCUAAGAUAUCAGGAGGAGAAUGGCUGACUUGAGAACAGAAUACUGGAAAGGGCUUAAUUCUUAUUACUUUAAUAUUCCAUGUUCUUAAGUGUCAUUACUGUAAUACUCCAUGUUAAUUAAUGGUCUGGAGCAAGGAUUGAGAAGCAGUGGCCUGCACCCCUGGGCCGAGUUCAGUCCGCCACCUAUUUUUAUAAAUAAAAAUUUAUUGGAACUCAGCCAUACUCAUUCUUGUACAUGUUGUCUAUUGCUGCUUUGGUGCUACAAAAGUGGAGUUGAAUAGUUGCAACAGAUAUUGUAUGUCUAGAAAAGCCUAAAAUAUUUUUAUUUGGUCCUUUAUAGAUAAUGUUUGCCAACCCAAGGCCUAGAACAUCCAUAUCUUUUUCUUGUUUUUUUAAUGAAGUAGCUAAGCAUUAGUCAGUAGAAAUUACCCAAGAAUGAGUGUAUCUUCCACACCUUGUGUUUACCAAUUAAGAACUGUGACCAUUCUUUCUGGACUUAAAAACAGAGGUUCACUUUCUGCUUUUGCUUCCAUUUGGUGCUGAUCCCUACACAGCCUGCUUGAGACCUGGAGGAAUCUGCUUUUUUUUUUUCCAUAUGCGCAUCACUUAACCAGGAGCUACCUGUUGGUUCCAGAGACUCAAGUUUGCACUCUAAUUGCAGUUUCAAUAGUGUUAAAGAACUUCGUCCAGGUUGGUUUUACUGGGAACUCUGGCCCCUUGCCUUUCAGUAUUUGUCCUUUUUAUGCUCGGUGUUCAAUCUGACUACAUGUUUGUACUCGAACAUGAAUGUUGGAAGUUUUAAUGUUCUACAUUCCACAUGUUUUUUGUGUCUUCUAAAUGAAACCUAUGCUCUUACUGACCCACU